CUCAAGUCUUUUCCAAGUUCACGGUUUUCACCACGUCGCAGUCCGACCGGAGGACCGACCCAAAACUGCCUUUGUCCUGUUUGAGGGCACGUGGCAAUGGGUCUGGUGUCCCAUGGGAAUUUGUAACGCCCCUGCAACGUUUCAGCGGGCCAUGAAUAUGGCCUUCGCCGAGUUCGUUAACAAAACCCGACUAACCCAGCCCCUGAUCAAUUUCUGCGUGAUUGUGUACAUGGAUGAUAUUUUGGUCUUUUCAAAAACACACGAGUACCCUGUGGAACACAUUGAGUGGGUUUUGCAUGCACUGAAAGAUGCAGGGUUCAAAGUGGCCUUGGAGAAAAGCGAGUUCUUCUUGUCGGAGAUCUCAUUCUUGGGGUAUAUCGUCAUAGUCGACGGACUAAAACCGGAUCCGAGGAAGGUGGCAGCAGUUCAAGACGCCCCAGCGCGUGUCACACUCACCCAGGUUCGGGCUUUUCUAGGGCUGGCAUCCUAUUACCGACGCUUUAUCAAGGGGUUCGCCGGCAUAGCGAAGCCCCUCACGAACCUGCUGAAGAAAGAGGAACAGCUGAUCUGGACGCCGGAAUGCGAAGCAGCGUUUCAGGCAUUGAAGGAGGCUCUGACAUUUGCUCUUGUGUUGGCACGCCCCGACCCGACAAGACCGUUCGCACUGUACACAGACUGGCAGCCUCAGGCGAUAUCGGCGGUGCUGACUCGGCACGGCAAGGACGGAAGGGAGCACGUCAUUGAGUAUGCGUCCAAGACAUUGAGCCAGGUGCAGGCUAAUUACGAAGCGUGCAAAGGUGAAUGCCUGGCGGUGGUGUGGGGGAUUCAGCAUUUCCGACUGUAUCUGUACGACCAGAAAUUCGUGCUGGUAACGGAUCAUCAGCCGCUACUGUCCCUACGCAACAACACAGACUACACGGGGACGCUGGGCAGGUGGGCGGUGCGUCUGCAAGACUAUGACUUCGACAUCUGCCACCGUGCCACGCGGCAGCAUGGUAACGCCGAUGGAUUAACGCACCUUCUGCUGCCCAACAAGUGUCCCGCCAACGAGCGACUCAUUCCGUGGAGGCCAGAAGUCGCGGCGACGAAACCGCACUACGGGGAGCUACACAUGCUGCGCGACUCGUUGUCAGAACUUACCAAAGCCGAACGGCGGAGAGUCACGGAGCGGGCGAAGGACUAUCGCUGGCAGGGCUCGACGUUACAAAAACGGAAGGUUGAUGACGACGGAGAGUCUAGCCGGUUGACGGUUCCAAACCCUCUUGCUAGGUUCGAUUGGACACGAGCUGCUCAUGAGGAGGAUGCGGUCCAUUUCGCGGUCAAGUACACGGAAAAAGCCAUCGAAAAGAACGGAUGGUACUGGUUGGGAAUUCGGAAAGAUGUGAAAUACAUCGUUCAGAAUUGCCCGGCCUGCACGGCGGAUAAGGCGCCGGUACAGAUGCCUCGGACGAUGGUUCCCACUCGGAGCAGGAUGAACCAUCGCCAGCCGGAGCAUGAGCCCCUCGAGCACUUCCAGACGCCGCUUGCAGAUCGCUUGUUGCGGCAUCGGUUUAAUGAGGAGAGGCAGUUGCGGUACGACAUCCAACAGGUGAACGUGCCAGCGCCCGGGGUUGAUGAUUUGGCAGCGUACUCGUUGCUUUGCGAUCGGCUGACAUAUGCGGGAGUGUACGUGGACGUGACACAGAUGCCUGGCCGGGAGACGACCCUAGUAUUCAUUGAGUUCCGUGCGCUCCAGGUGGCACCCAACUUCGUGCACAGCGUCGCCACCUUCAUCGGAGACUUGACGGUCCUACCGCAGCGGAAUCAGGAACCGGCGCGCAGCUUUGUGCCCGAAUACGUGGUGGAAGCGGCCAGAUCAGUGGCCAGAGUGCAAGGACGGGGGGGGCACCGAUUCACAGCCCACGAAGUGCUACUGCGUAGGGCAGAGGACAGACCGAUUGCGUUGGUGCCGCAGCUCCCUGCGCUUCUCCCUCCCGCUGCUCCUCUCAACCUCCAAGCUAUUCCCCCUGUCCCGGGAUGUUCCGGUUACGCUAUCGGGGAGCACUUCGUCGUUUACUACGUCAUCGCGCGGCCCAAGCCAGCGGAGAAGGAAGGGACGGUGGCGCUGUACCCCUUUGCCCUGCUCCAGACAAUCGAUCCGGGAUUGUUGGAGCUCAUACAUCUUGAGCUCCUCUCCAUUGCACAAGUGAUCGCGAGCGAGGAGGAGGAGAUCCAACCACGAUUGCGGACGACGACGGCCCCGCGGAGAACGUACAACGCGGUCGUCAUCCCGGAUUACAUUGCGCAGCGCGCGGAGAGAUUGGAGGACUUCCCGGAGGAAAGGCCGUUGCGUCCUCCCUCGUCGUAUCCUCGACCAGUGCCACCGAAGGCCCCCAAGAAGACGCCGAAGAGGAAGAGACGCCACCCAUCGCCAGGAGCGCAAGGCAGCAGGAUCGGCGGUCUGUGGAGGUGAUUCAGCCCUCACGUACGCGGAUUCAUGACCCUGUGUCUGGGAGCGCGGCGACGCUCCUUAAGGAGA